AUGGUCCACAUCGAAAUUGAGAUCGCAGCCCCGCCUGAGGAUGUCCGAGCAGUGAUUUCCCUCGCUACAAAGAAUGGCACACCAGUUUCGUGCGCUACAUCGAAACAAUUCCCGCAGCAUAACAACCCUACCGAAUUCCGUUGGAUUGGAUGCUCACGGCUCGGCGCGGUCGGAGGUGAGCAUUACUACGGAUUUCAGGAAAGCAAGGUCACUCCUGGAGGUACUACGUUUAUUCAUGGGGAGGAUCAUACGGGCUGGCUGUCGGUGAUGUUUAAACCUGGUUGGCCGAUGCAUAGUAGUGUCAAUGAGAUGUAUGCGGGGUUUGCGAGGGAUUUGAAGAGAAGAGUUGAAGAGGGCGAGUGGAGAGAAUGA